AGGUGACCACCUCAUGCGCACACCGGCCACCAUCAGGAAGGUGUGCCGGCCAUCUCGGGACGGGCAAUGGGGGAGCCUGAAGGAGGGACGCUGGACGGGCAUGGUGGGGGACGUGGUGGCGGGGGUGGCGGACAUGGCCCUGGCAUCGCUGGACAUCACGGCAGAGCGCAGCGAGGCAGUUGACUUCCUCCUGCCGGUCUUAGACACAAGGUACAAGAUGGUGGUGAAGCGGCCUACAAACAGGGACCAGAUGUGGGGGACGUACACGAAGGAGUUCAGCGGCGGUGUUUGGGCCGUGAUGGGCGCCAUGACGGUGCUGCUCACGCUGACUCUGCACGGCACCACCACUGUCCUGGAGGUGGGCGAGGAGCGACUUUCCCUACUCGAGAGCUUCAUCGUCGUCAUGGGCGCCCUGUGUGGCCAGGGGUGCAGUAAGCCGCCGCGCUCCGGCCCCGCCCGCCUGGUGCUGCUGACGACGAUGCUGCUGCACGUGGUGAUCCUGGCGUACUACACCAGCAACCUGGCCUCCUCCCUGGCCGCGGGGCCACACAUGCCCACCUUCUCCACCAUCCAGGACGUGCUGAGCCAGACGCGGCUCUCCUUCGGCGUGAUGCAGGGGGCAGCUCUGAUGGAGUACCUCAAGACCUCGGACAACCCCUACCACCAGGCCGCCUACAGCAUGGUGACGGCCGACUCAAGUCUCACGGUGGCCACGUCGGCGGAGGGCGUGGCCAAGACGCUGACGGAGAACUACGUCUACAUGGACACAGACCUCUUCAUCUACAACAACCUUGACUGCCGCCACUACGUCCUGCCCGGCGCGGAGUUCAGCGCCUCCACCUCCAUCGCGUUCACGAAGGGCUCCCCGCUGGUCCGCAUCCUCAACAACGUGCUGCUGAGGAUGAAGACUGGCGGGCUGAUGAAGAAGCUGGAGGCGCAGUGGCUGCCCCUGAGCGAGGACUGUGACCAGGCCAGCGUCUCGCCCCUGCGCCUCGCCGCUAUAGUCACCCCCGCGCUGGGCUUGCUCCUCGCCAUCGCACUCGCCCUUGCCUGCUGCUGCCUCGAGCGGAUCGCCAAGGCCAGGGAACGCAGGGGCAGGUCCAUAGCCAUUACUGAUACUCGUAAAGGAAGGUUAUGUAUCGGGAUGCUGAGCUAGACCAAGGCCCACUCACUGAGAAGGCCCUGGUUAGACAUGCCGUUGCUUACCGCUGACUGAAUGGAAAUGAUGUUAUUUUGACACCUAACACCUAAUACUAUGUAGUGCUAGUCUCUUAUUAUACAUAGAUCAUACUUGUGUAAAAUUAAUUAUUUGUAAGGAUCUCCAUUAUCUCUCAUUUGUUUUGGUAGGAUUACCAUCACUGAUAUACCAUGCCUCACCCCAUCUUAGCAUUCACAAUACAUUUACACAGUCAUUCAACACUGCACUAUUGUAUAUUAUGUUAGUUCAAUAUAAUUCUUCAACUCACCUUUACUCUUGUGUCCUCUUUUAUGUGACAAUUUUUUUUUUCUUCCGCACUUACUUCCAUACUUGAUUCAAUAACUCGGUCAUUCUAUCAAGCAUCACCUCUCUCCCAUUUUUGUACAUUUCAUAUGAGAUUCCAUCUGGUCCUGUUGCCUGUCAAUUCCUCUGUUUUCUCGCACAUCUCCUAACCUCCUCCCUACUAAUUGGUUCAUUCGGUUCACUUGCAUCCAUUCUUUCCAGUGUCACACAUCCUUCUCUCCCAUCAAACACUUCACCGACACCUUCCACUUCUUUCCAAAAUUUUCUGACCGACCUUAUAUUUUUUUCCAUUCCCCAUUCAUUUUCAUAACUCCCACUUUCUCGAUAUUUGACAUCUCUUGACUUCUAAUAAAUCCUUUUCACCCCACUCAACCCCUUCUCAUGCCACACACGACUCUCUGUUCAGCAAUACUCUUUUUCAGCAUAAGGGUCAUUUUAGGCGAGAGAUUUGAUCAUUCAGGUGUACGGCUGUUGAAAGCAUACCCUUCACAUGGGGAGGGACCUCAGCUUCUGACUCCAAGGCACCCCUACAGCUUCAAUGGACAUGUACUGAUGUUAAUCCUAUCUUGUAUAUUUUCUUUCUCUGCCUCCACUCAGCUGAGUAAAAGGGCAAAAAUGACUACCUUCAAAACACCAUUCACAUGUCUGAUUAACCACAGAGGACAUGACUGUAAAGCUGCCUCAGAGUGAAUGCAUGAACAGAACUAUUCAUUGGAAGUACAAUUUAAUACAGCCAAUAUAGACCCAUUCAGGAAAAUAACAAUGUCAUGUCAUCACGACCAUAUAAAAAGGCUAAUACUAUAAUCUAAAUUGCCAUAUAAUGUAUAUGACAAAAAAAAUUACAUUGAGGAAAUGAAUGCACUGGUGUGAAAAUUGAAAUAUUUUACAGUAAAUCUAUAUUAUCACAUUGAUGUUCCAUCCUCACCUUUGCUAUAGUGUGUACAAAAACCUUCCCAGUGAGUGGCCCCGAGCCAGGCCAAAACAAGCUGCUCUUCACCCUCCCCCCAAGACAAGGAAACACAGGAAAUGUUGAAGGACUGGGAAUACAUAUCACUAACUUUUAAAAGCAUAAAACAUUUAGUCAUGAAAAAUAUACCUUCUGACCUCAGCUGAUUAGUAAUAAUGAAAGCACCUCAAUUGCAAAUUUAAAUUCCCUAUUUGGCUCAGGGCCACUCAAAAAUAGACUGCCCCAGAUUAUUAUGCACAUGUGGAAUUAGCACCUACAAUUUUUUUUUUUUUUUCGUGUGUGUAAAUAUGAAUGUGUCCAAGGUAAAAGGAGGCACAAACUCUUUGAUUUUAUUUGACUUAAGGUGUGAUGGAGGGUGUGAUGGGGGUCCUCUCUCUCCCCAUUGCAUAAACUUUGUUUUCUAACAUUUAAUUAAUAAAAAUAAAGGUACCUUUUACAACCACAGUCUUGUACCUCCACAUCUGUGAUUAAGACAACAUUGCUGCCUUUUUCUGGCAACAACAUUUAAGUCUUUCUUUAUAUUAAUUCUACCCCUGGACUGCUCCAUUUCUGUAAAUCAUGAAAAAUCUUCAGCACUGAAUUUAAGACUUCCCACAGUAUAGCAUCUUCUUGGCCUGUGAGCUCCCCAGUUUGGCACUCUUCUGCUGAUCCCACAGUGACACACUGACCAUCUCUUCCAUGGCUUGCUCUAAUUUUGCUAGCAGAAACCCAGAGUGAAAAAUCCAACAACUGUAUAAAAAUGCAGAGAAAACUUCAGCAAGAUGAAAUACAUACAUUAAUACUACUGAUCAAGGCAUAGAUAAAUACAAACUGUGCUUGAUGACUUAUAUAAACAAUGCAUGAAAACAGAAAAAGACUUCUAUCACCACCACAUAAUACAGGCUUUCACUGAAGCAUCCUAACAGCCUGGAGAACUGAUAAGAGAAA